GGCGGGCCCAGGUACGCGGACAAGAUGGCGGCGGCAGCGGUCGACAGCGCGAUGGAGGUGGUGCCGGCGCUGGCGGAGGAGGCCGCGCCCGAGGCGGCGGGCCUCAGCUGCCUCGUCAACCUGCCCGGCGAGGUGCUGGAGUACAUCCUGUGCAGCGGCUCGCUGACGGCCGCCGACAUCGGCCGCGUCUCCAGCACCUGCCGGCGGCUGCGCGAGCUGUGCCAGAGUAGCGGGAAGGUGUGGAAGGAGCAGUUCCGGGUGAGGUGGCCUUCCCUUAUGAAACACUACAGCCCCACCGACUACGUCAAUUGGUUGGAGGAGUAUAAAGUUCGGCAGAAAGCUGGGUUAGAAGCCCGGAAGAUUGUAGCCUCCUUCUCAAAGAGGUUCUUUUCAGAGCACGUCCCUUGUAAUGGUUUUAGUGACAUAGAGAAUCUUGAGGGACCAGAGAUAUUUUUUGAGGAUGAACUGGUGUGUAUCCUAAAUAUGGAAGGAAGAAAAGCUCUGACUUGGAAGUACUACGCUAAAAAAAUUCUUUACUACCUACGCCAACAGAAAAUUUUAAAUAACCUAAAGGCAUUUCUUCAGCAGCCUGAUGACUAUGAAUCGUACCUUGAAGGCGCUGUAUAUAUUGACCAGUACUGCAACCCUCUCUCUGACAUCAGCCUCAAAGAUAUCCAGGCCCAGAUUGACAACAUCGUAGAACUGGUCUGCAAAACCCUCCGGGGCAUGAACAGUCGCCACCCCAGCUUGGCCUUCAAGGCAGGUGAAUCCUCCAUGAUAAUGGAGAUAGAACUCCAGAGCCAGGUGCUGGACGCCAUGAACUACGUCCUUUAUGACCAGCUGAAGUUUAAGGGGAACCGAAUGGAUUACUAUAAUGCCCUAAACUUAUACAUGCACCAGGUUUUGAUUCGAAGAACAGGAAUUCCGAUCAGCAUGUCUCUGCUCUACUUGACAAUUGCCCGGCAGUUGGGGGUCCCACUGGAACCUGUCAACUUCCCCAGUCACUUCUUGUUAAGGUGGUGCCAAGGUGCAGAAGGGGCGACCCUGGACAUCUUUGACUACAUCUACAUAGACGCUUUUGGGAAAGGGAAGCAGCUGACAGUGAAAGAGUGUGAAUACCUGAUCGGCCAGCACGUGACGGCAGCACUGUACGGGGUGGUCAACGUGAAGAAGGUGUUACAGCGAAUGGUGGGAAACCUUUUAAGCCUGGGAAAGCGGGAAGGCAUCGACCAGUCUUACCAACUCCUGCGAGACUCCCUGGAUCUGUACCUGGCGAUGUACCCGGACCAGGUGCAGCUUCUCCUCCUGCAAGCCAGGCUCUACUUCCACCUGGGCAUCUGGCCAGAGAAGUCUUUCUGUCUUGUCUUGAAGGUGCUUGACAUCCUCCAGCACAUUCAAACCCUAGACCCCGGGCAGCACGGGGCGGUGGGCUAUCUGGUGCAGCACACGUUAGAGCACAUCGAGCGCAAGAAGGAGGAGGUGGGUGUGGAGGUGAAGCUGCGCUCCCACGAGAAGCACAGAGACGUCUGCUACUCCAUUGGGCUCAUUAUGAAGCAUAAGAGGUAUGGCUAUAACUGUGUGAUCUAUGGCUGGGACCCUACCUGCAUGAUGGGACACGAAUGGAUCCGAAACAUGAACGUCCACAGCCUGCCUCAUGGCCAUCAUCAGCCUUUCUAUAAUGUUCUGGUGGAGGAUGGUUCUUGUAGAUAUGCAGCCCAAGAAAACCUGGAAUAUAACGUGGAGCCUCAAGAAAUCUCACACCCUGACGUGGGACGCUAUUUCUCAGAGUUUACCGGCACUCACUACAUCCCGAACGCGGAGCUAGAAAUCCGGUACCCGGAGGACCUGGAGUCUGUGUAUGAAACGGUGCAGAAUAUUUACAGUGCAAAGAAGGAGGACAUAGAGUAGCGUCCAGUAGAGGACACCGAGCCUUUGCCGCUGCCGCUGUCUCCAGGAGAACAGGAUUCCGGAAGAAGACGUCUCCACGGAUCCCUCUGGAUUCACACCACCAGGAAAGCACCUAACCAGUAGCGCUGGUUGCCUCCCACCAAGUUUAAAUAACGUGUGCUCUCCUCCAGCUGCAAAGACAAUGUCGCUCUCCGCCUACACUAGUGAAUUCAUUUGACGGCACUGUGUUCAGUGGCAUGGCUUGUGUGCUUGUCCUGUGGUGACAGUUUGUGACACUCUGUCUUCAUGAGGCCUCACAGUCGACACUCGUAGAAUCAUCCUUCCCGCCCACUUCCCGUUACGUCUGUCUACACUCGUCUCCGACCGUUUCAUUUGCCGGACGGAUGGGGUUCCAUGUUUGCACCGGUUCCCUUCUGGUUUCGCCGUGGAGCGCGUGCGGCCCGGAGUCGGGACCGCUUGUCUUUUCGCCCUGCGUGUAGUUGCUUCUUCAGAGGCGAGGCUGCGAGCGACGGCAGCAGCAUCGGAGCGGCGGGGACGCGAACACGCGGAUUGGUCAUCAGAACCGUUCGGCUUUAUUUGUUCCAAUACGUGAAACAGAUUUCAGCCGCUUUAUCUCUUCCUUUAUUUGAAGCGGGAGCACGGCAGAGCGUUGCCCGCCACGUUCCUCCCAGGUCCGUGCUCCUGUCUGCGAAUCCCCAGUUUUCUGUUUCCUUACGUGAAAUCUUGUGAGAAAGUGCACCGUAAUGGCCUUUAUGGAUGGAUUUUCCCACAUUCGUCUACUCUCCUUCCCUUUGAAAUAACUACUUUUUUCUCUCCUUUAAUUUUAAAAAUUAUUCCAGUAUCAUAAAUAGAUCUUAAGUCAGUGAUGGGUUCUCUUUAUAGUAGGAAGUACAAUCUGGUGUUAGAAUGUUCACUUUUAGAAACCACACUCCGUGGUCUCCAAAGACCUAAAGGAGGUUUCACUUUUGUAAUCAGAAAAAAAGAAAUAAUGAACCUUAUGCAUUUUUUAAAGAGGAAAGAGGAGGGUCCGUGUCCCCCGUCAUCCCUUAGAAUCACUCUUCGACCCUGCCGGCUGUGGCAGGGUGGACGCAGGUAAAACGUCUUUAACCUGAGGAGUGUCGAUCCAUGGGGAAGGAGGCGGGAGCGCCCUGCUUUCUCGAGUCCCCGCUGCCCUGAAGGUCCCACUGGCUCCCGCCCGCCACUCUCGACCUGCCAGUUCUCACGCGAGCUAGCUAAUUCGUAGUUAACCAGUAGAAGCUACCUUCGGGAGUUAGGACCUAGUUACUCUCUGAGUUGCAAAGAAUCCAGUCGCUCUGGUGAGCGAGGCUUCGGGGGCUGUGAUCCGACCCCGCCUCGCCGCCCUUCUGUGCAUUUGCAUGUGGUUCCCCACACCCUGUUUGAUGACUGCCUCAUUUCCCCCUUUGGAAGCCCUAGGAUGACCGAGGUUUGGGGAGGCCACCCGAGACCACUUAGUCACUGACGGCUGGUGAGCAGUUAUUAGAAAGAGGCGAGGGUCUGGCGGCCCCUGCCAGCCCCAGCUGCUGUCGCCAGUCAGAUCCAGAGCCUGAUGCUUUCGAUCGGCCUGGGAAAUGUGACCACUCACAGCACCCAGCCCGCCGAGGCCGGGGGUCUUACACUACUCUCGUUUGAAGGUGGGAACCAGUUAAUCCAGAGGUAAUACUAACCAGAUGCAUUACUAAGAAACUGUGGAGCAUGCUGAGUUAUAAUUGUUGGUUUUCUGGUUUGAUUUCCUUUUUCCUUAGAGUAACAUCAAAGCCAAGAAGGAUGGUUUUACCUUUACUGACCCAAUGUAAAUAUGUAUCUAGACCGUUUUUAAAUGUGUUUCUUCAUGAAUGCUUCAUUUGGCUCCAGGAAGCCUGUGUCACCUGUGUAAGUUGGUAUUUGGGCACUUUAUAUUUUUCUAAAAACGUGUUUUGGAUCUCCUGUACUCUAAUAAAUCAUAAGUUUCUUUUUAAAAUUUUUUCCAAAAGUUUUCUCCAUUUUAAGAAGUCCUGUUACAACAAAGUAGGACUUUCACAAUGUUAAAAUACUAACUAUUUGGAUAGAGUGACUUCUUUUCUCUUCAAAUGAAUGCCAAGAUUUUUUUGUACAAUGAUUAAUAAAUGGAACUUACCCAGAGAAUCCACACAAGCGGCCUGCCCGGUCUCGUUUCGGAACAGAAAGCCCAGCCUUGACGGCAACAGAACGUCUCUGGCUUCUCUUCUGAUCCAAACAUGCAAAACUUGGCUCUACUGAAUUUUUCUUAACGUUGGUGAGUGAACAGGGUACUUUGUUCUGCGGGUUCCUUGCCAAACAGCAAUUUUAGAAGCUGGCUAGGAGUAUUGAGGGCACCUGGUUACAAUGCGAACAUUGCAGCUUUUUGCUGCUGUUAGAGUACUUGUUCAAAAGGAGAAGGGCAGGUGCCCGGGGCGUUGUUAACGAGGUGACAGCUGCAUGACGUUCCACGUGUCCACAACGCCCUGCAGAGCACGCACUGUCCGUGAUGCCCCCGCGUGCCGUGCGGUGCAGAGCGCAGCGGUCAGGGGCCACAUGGUCACCGGUUUCCUGCACCGUGGUGGUCCCAGACCUUUAACGUCCUGUUGUGCGUUGUGACUUCAUGAGAGGACAGUGUACUGUGCUGUGUCUUCCCUGCUUAGACCCUAGAACUUUCCUCUGCCACACGGACGGACACACACACACAGCAUCCCCGAGGUCCAGGGUUUGCAGACGUGCUUUGGGAAACACUGUGUGUGUCCAAAACUAGUCCACCGUAUCCUCAGGCUAGUUUGGCCAGGCGUCUCUCUCUCUCUCUCUCUCUCUCUCUCUCUCUCUCUCUCUCUCUCUCUCUCUCUCUCGUUUGAAAACUUUGGUCUAAUCCGAUUUUGAAAGGCUGGCUUCACGUUGCCUCCACCUGGACCUCAUGGUAGCUUCUCCAUCAUAAGUGAAUUUCCACCGCAGAGUUGUUUUUCGCCGAAACCAGCAUUCGUACUGUUGCUAAAUCGGUUUUGCAUUUUACAAUACCUACUUAAGGACUUGUUCUCAUUUUAAAAUGUCUCUUUCUUAACACAUGAAAUGGAGUCAAACGCUCAUGUUCUAGGCUCUCUUCUACCGCUAGAAGGGAAAAUAACUUGUUUUCCUUUCUCCAUAUUCCAAGUACAUAAAACUGGAUUACCAGCAGCUUUUUAAUUUGACAAGUAACCUGUGGCCAUAAUAAUCCAGAUGUAGCUCUUUAUGUGUUUCUGUCUGUUUUCUGGAGGAAAGGAGUGAAUGUUCACCCAGAUGAAAUGCAGAAUCUGGCCCUGUGACCGUUUAAUUCUGGAGACGUCGAUGGUUGUGGUGCAUGUGUUAUUUUGUAUCGCAAGCUUACUUUGAGCCAGCACUGGCCUCACCUAUAUUCUUCACGGCAACCCUCUAAGGCAGGGCCGGGCGGUCGAUUAUUGUUGCGGGCCAUGUAAGGUCACGUGUUCUUUGUUUUCGAAAACGUAGAAGACCUUUUCAGCUCGAGGGCUGUAAAGAAAACGGGCUCUGGGCUGGUCUGGCCCGUGGGCCACAGUCUGCCGAGCUCAGCCAAGGUGCGGGCCCCGCCAGCGUCCCACCAAGCAGACGGGGAGCCGGAGCGCACUGCGCGCAGGUGGGACAGCGGGCGGGGGACCCAGGGACCCGGGGACCCAACCUCCGAGCGCCAGCUCUUGACUACCACACUACCGCCAACUUUAGCAACUACCUCGCACUGGUUUUAUCCUUUGCAGCCACUUUAACUUCUAAACGUUUCAGUUCUGAACACUUAGAGUCUUGAGAGGAAAGGACAUUCCUUCGGUGAAUAAAAUUCUGUGCAAUUAUAGAAUAAAUGUAUUAUGGCCAUUUAGCGAUGAUUGUAUUAGGGUAAUGCUAGUUCUGUAAUAAAUAGACCCAAAAAUA